AUGCUGCAGCUGUUGCUUUGCACAGUUGCUGUGCUCAUCAGGUCGGUGGAUAGUGACGAAGAGCUGGUGGAGAUCAUGCCCUUCUGGAGUCCAGUCCGCCCCGGAGUCCCCGGAGAGUCCAAGUGCUCCUCCUUGCAAGCUUUUCGAUACCACAAGACCACCUACUACUUCGCCUCAGUGGUGUUCAGCUUGGCCAUGACAGGUCUGGGGGUUGUCAUCUACUACGCUGCCAAGCUUUGUGCCAAGUGCUGCGCAAGAAAAGAAGUUGCGUCAGACGCUGAUAACUCAAGUUCGUCGUCGGACAGCACGAAGUGA